AUGAUCAUUUCGAAGGAGAACCGCCGCACCAUCUACACGACCUUGUUCCAAGAAGGUGUGCUCGUGGCACCUAAGAACUUUGAGAUCAAGCACCCUAUCAUGGAUGUGCCAAACCUGGAAGUGAUCAAGGCCAUGCAGUCGCUCACCUCGAAGGGCUACGUGCACACGCAGUUCAGCUGGCAGUGGUUCUAUUACGUGCUCACGGACGAGGGUCUCGAGUACUUGCGUGAGUACUUGCACCUUCCCUCGGAGAUUGUGCCCAACACGCACAAGCAGCCAGCUCGUCCUCAGCGUGCCAUGAUGGGUGACCGUGACGGUUUCCGUGGUGGUCGUGGCGGCGGCGACCGUGAGUACCGCCGCCGCGGUGACUUUGACAAGAAGGACGAUGUGCCAAGUGGAGACUUCCGUCCUCGCUUCGGUCGCCGCGAGUAA